AAGUGGCAUGCUACUGGGGAAACAGACAGUGGAGUAGAAUAUAAGUGAGACAGAAGUCCUGCUGCUAUAUCUCCUAAAUACAGACAAGAUGGAAAACGCAUAUAUCGACAGUUUAAUUCUGAAGCUCCACGAUGUGGACGCGGUGAAGUUCGGGGAGUACAAGCUGAAGAGCGGCAUGAUGACACCCAUUUAUAUUGACCUCAGGGUGCUCGUGUCCCACCCCAAGCUCAUGAACCAGGUUUCAAGUCUCAUCUACGAGCGAGUGCAAGAAGAGGGGCUUCAGUUUGACUCGGUGUGCGGGGUCCCAUACACAGCCCUGCCUAUGGCCACAAUCAUCUGUUCCAGACAUGAACUGCCUAUGCUCAUCAGGCGAAAGGAGGCCAAGGACUAUGGAACCAAGCGUCUGGUGGAGGGCUCAUUUCAGGAGGGGGAUAUAUGUCUGAUUAUUGAAGACACUGUGACCAGCGGCAGCAGCAUCCAGGAGACCGCUGAAGUGCUCUACACAGGGGGGCUGAAGGUGACGGAUGCCGUGGUGCUGAUGGACAGAGAGCAGGGCGGUGUGGAGAUGUUGGCUUCUAAGGGCAUUCGGCUCCAUCCCAUCAUCCCCAUGUUCAAGCUGCUCAACGUGCUGCUGGCAGCCGAGCGCAUCGACGCCAAAACAGCACAGAGCGUCCGCGAGUUCAUCCUGGACAACAACACUUUCAGCCCCAAGAAGGAGAACAGCAAUGGAGUUUCUGCGACCAAAAAGCUGUGUUUGGAGCAGACGACGGAGCUGAGCUACGCAGAGAGAGCCAAACUACCAAACGUCCACCCUCUGGCGGCGAAGCUGCUGAACAUCAUGGAGGAGAAGAGCUCCAACCUGUGUGUGUCCUUAGACCUGACAAGCAGCGAGGAGCUCCUGCAGCUCGCCGACUCCCUGGGCCCCCUCGUCUGCAUCCUGAAGACCCACGUAGACAUCCUGAAGGACUACACAGCGGGUUUCACUCAGAAACUGCAGGCUCUGGCUGAGAAACACAACUUCCUCAUCUUCGAAGAUCGCAAGUUCGCUGACAUUGGAAACACAGUCAAGCAUCAGUAUGAUGGUGGUGUGUACCAGAUUUCGUCCUGGUCCCACAUAGUGAAUGCCCACGUGGUGCCGGGCCCCGGGGUGGUGCAGGGCCUCGGUGCUAUAGGGAAGCCUCUGGGCCGUGGCUGCUUGCUCAUAGCACAGAUGAGCUCCCAGGGAUCUCUGGCUACUGGGGAGUACACCCAGGCUGCGCUGAAGAUGGCCGAGGACCACUCAGACUUUGUGAUUGGCUUCAUCUGUGGCUCUAAGAUCACAAAGAGGCCAGAGUUCAUCCACAUGACCCCCGGGGUGCAGAUGAAGGCUGGAGGUGAUGGGUUGGGCCAGCAGUACACCACGCCAGAGGAAGUCCUCUGCAACAAAGGCUCUGAUGUCAUCAUCGUGGGCCGCGGUAUCCUGGAGGCUCCUGAUAGGCGGACAGCCGCUGAAUUAUACAGGAAGUGCGGCUGGCAGGCGUACACAAAGAGACUUGGCCAGAGCGGCCAAUAGGAGUUAGGGAGGCAUCAAUAUGUCUUAUUUUAACUUAACCUGCCGCAAUUAAGGAUCUCUGUGGGAUGACCGUCUUUUUUUCAUUUCCGAGGAACACCAGGGUGCACUAGUUGUAUACAUAGAAACAUAUGUAGACUUUUGCAGGACUUACCUGGCUGCUGUGGGGAUUUGGACACUUUACUUUGGAGCUAAUGUUAAUGCACUCUUUUGAUUCUGUCCUAUUUUCAUUACGCUGCUUUACCAGUGUUCUUCUGAUUCCUUCCUAUGAAUAAAUUGCAAAUCUCGGGGCAGGUUUAAACAUAUUUGGGGAAAUGUUUCAGUAUUAUUAGGUGCAUUAUUUAGAAUAGGUACGUUUUUUGUUUUGUUUUGUUUGCUGUUGAACUCCCAAUUUCCCUGAUGGCAAUUGUGUUAAAUCUGAAAUUUGAGGUGUCAUUUCCUUGACAAAGACUAUAGCUUUUCUUCAUCACAAACCUGCCAUUCCUGAGUAUCCCUUCAUAUAAUUGCCAAAAUAUUAGACCAAGAUCUUAAGCACAUAUUAGAGUGGGUAAACCUUUUAAAUGGAUGUAUAAUAUUAAGGUUGCAUUUCAGGGAAUUUUUGUUGGGUCUUUAAUGUUUAACUAGUUCCUGAGUAUCAGUAUUACAAAUAUUUUAACAGUUAGUUCAUUUCAUAGCAAACGGACUGACUUGAUCCCAAUUCAGUAGAAUGAUGGAUGUCACAUCUUUCAAAUGUCAAGAGUCCUGACUUGAUUUUGCAGCUUUGAACACUUAAAUUAAUUAAUUUCACAGGUGGUGGCUUUUUUUGUUGUUGAUUUGCCUCAUUGAUUGGAAUACCCUAUUUUUUUACAACUUGCGGUCCAUUUGAACAGUGUUUGAUAUUUAUUUUACGACCUGUUCCAAUGAUACACGUCUGAACUAUCAGAUUGUUUAAAUUACAAGAUGAGAGAAGGCCUAAUACGAUCAAGUUAUUCUAGACAAUUUGAUGGAGUCCUAUGUUUGCCGUCCAUAUUGUUUAACUUACUGAGGUGACAUCCAUUUUUUUGAUAAAUAGAUACAAUGUCAGUUAUAGAGUGAAUGAUCCCAGUUGUUCUGCAUUGUUUAUUGUCCGUCAAGUUAAAAAACAAGUUCUAUUAAUUAAAGAGAGAAUUGUUUUCCAUUUGUGACACAAACAUUUAAACGUUUUGUAAAUGUGUCCUAGAGCCACGACAGUUAUGCUGUUAUUAGGCCUACAUGCAGGGAUAUGGUUAUCUUGAUUUAAUGCUUACAUUUAAAGUUUCUUAUACAUUGAUACCUGGUUUGGCUUUUUCUCUCCAUGUACUUUCAUAUUAUGACUAAAAGAAGCAAUAAAAUGUCUUAAGUAUUACGGACUAUUUCCAAUAAACAUUGUGUUGAAAAACC